AUGGAGGCCUCCACACCAAGCACUGAUCCACAGCGAACGACCCCGGAUCCCAUACCCAAAGGCUCUCGCUCAUUCCGCGCAAGUGUCGAUACCUCCGUGCUUCAGCAAGAUCAAGAGAUGUGGAAACGAGCUCGUUUGUUUGUGCGAAACAUCACUUCUCGCUACACCAAUUAUGCAAAUCAACCCAUCGACAUCUUCGAAAGAGACCUUCACAAUCUCUGGUACCUGUUCAUUGGAGCUGCAAAAGUGACGCCUACAGACGAAGCUGCGGCGGAUAGAUUGGCUAUACAGGUACUGGUGGCUCGUGAGAUGGGGUUACUGAGGAGACUUGAAGAGCCAGGUACAGAUGAAAAGGCUGCGCACAUAUCUGAGGCGGCGAAUGGUGCACCAUCUCGGAUGUGGGUAGAUCUGCCAUUCCUAGCCACGGAUUUACGGGAAGCUUGGAAAGAAGCGAUGACGGGAAGGACUGCUGUGCCUUCCAAUCAGCUCGCCAACCUCGGUGGCUUCACUGCGCGCCUUGUAGCAUUUGGCGUAUGCGAGGUGGAGUUGUCUCAAUGUGGGCUUUUGCUGCUACGAGAAGCACUGGAAACUCCACGGCCGAUACUCCCAACCGACAGUGCUGAUCAGAAAGACAUACCGUUAUCUCACUUCAUGCCUGCAUUGUCAGCUUGGCUCCGACAUGGCAGUUACAAGCUGCUCGGACUCUGUGCCCGCGGUCAUGCUUCAGCCUCGAGCACUGACGAUGCAGAAAGCCCUGAGGAUCAAUGGGUGACAGCUGGACCUCUGUUGUCAACCUUAUCUCCAGAGCAAAGAAGCAGAACACCGGGCUUCUCCAUGACUCGGUGGGAGUUCUGGAAACAGAGAUUGGCUGAAGUUGCUGGUGAUCAUGGUGCUCUUGAGGACACUGUCCAGGGACAGGCGAGACAUUGCUUCGGUUUCUUGGACUCGUGGGAGCGCAUUACGGGUGGUGACGGUCAUGACCGCGAGAUAGCGAGGAAGGCAUAUUAUGGUAUUGAAUAG